AUGUUGCCGUCAAGAAUAGAAAAUCUUUUAGUAAUUUUAAUUCUACCUAUAUUAUGUGAGUCUAGCCUACUUGAUAAAUAUUCUAAAUUUGUCAGUGAAAUAGAAACCAUGAUCCCCGAUAUAAACGCAACAGAAAUUAUAAAUAAAUAUUCUCCUCUUCAAAGUCACUUGGCAGAGGAUGGCAAACUCAAUUUUAGUGAACUCGCUGUGAAAUAUGGACAAAAAUGUGAACAGUACUCCGUGACCACCGAGGACAAGUACAUAAUUACACUAUUUAAUAUUCCCGGAAAAGGUCGACCUAUACUUCUAAUGCACGGUAUCAUAGACUCAUCAGAUACAUUCAUUAUAAGAGGAAAUACAUCUCUGGCUAUCACAUUAGCUAAUGCAGGAUAUGACGUAUGGGUUGGGAGUUUUAGAGGAAGUAGAUAUUCUUUAGGCCACGAGAUAUUGAAUGCCGAAGAAGAUAAAGACUACUGGAAUUACAGUUUGUAUGAGUUAGGCAAUUAUGAUUAUAGUGCCUCUAUAGACUGUGUGUUACAGCACACUAAUCAAGAAAAAUUAACAGUUAUCGGACAUUCUCAAGGAACUGCAAGUUUUUUUGUUCUCACAUCGGGAAGACCAGAGUAUAACGACAAAAUCAAUGUUUUUAUUGCUUUAGCUCCCAUAGCAUAUUUAACCCACAUGAGAGGUCUAGGGGCGAUAGGUGUUAAAGUAGCACCUGCCAUAUACACUGCAUUGAAAUUAAAGGGAAUUGUUGCGGUGUUUCAAGAGGAUUCUUCACUAAAAAAGUUUAUAGAGGUUUUGUGCACCCAAAUGGAAAGUUAUGAACUUUGCUUUGAAGGUGCUAUUUUUCCAGCAGCGGGCUAUGAUAGUGAAGAAAUAGAGCCCGAAUUUAUACGUGUAAUCUUUGGUCAUUAUCCAAGUGGAAAUAGUUUAAAGAAUAUAUAUCAUUUAAGCCAAAUUGCAAAUAGGAAUGCAUUUGCUGAUUAUGAUUAUGGAGCAAUAAAAAAUAUAGAAGUUUAUGGGACUCCGACACCACCGAAAUUUGAUCUGUCAAAAGUGACAGCAAAGACGGCUUUGUUGGUUGGUCAAAAUGAUUUUUUAUCCACCGUAGAAGACGUAGAAGCCCUAAAUGCCGAAUUAUCAAACGUAGUGCGGUAUCAAAUAUUGCCUGACAAGAAAUUUAAUCAUCUUGAUUUCGUUUGGGGAAAAUAUGCACAUGAAAAAUUAUAUCCUUAUAUAUUUGAAAUUUUAGAGCAAUAUUCAUAG